AUGCAAGCUCUCACACGCUACUGUCACCAUGGAUUUCCACGAAUUCCCGAUCCCAAAGUUCCAAGUCCUGAGCUUUCGCAAGAAACUUCCGAUCUCGAAGUCACCGAGUUUUUCGGCCCCCAGACCUUGACAGCAGAAAAACGAGAGCGUCUAUUGUCUACGACAUUGGAGGCCAACCCCACAGUUGGCGUCGCCGGUGCCACGUUUCAAGGAACAAAAUUUGCUCGAUCGUCAGUAACCAGCUAUGCGUCGCGCUGGCAGUUCGAAGGUUCGCGAUUUGCGACGGAUUACUCUGUCGGCAACAAUUCACGAAAUCGUCGGUAUCGACGAGUUGUCUGGCAUUUGCAGGAAAACGAACUUGAAAAACAGGCUUUACAACAAAAUAUUGUUCACUCGGCUGUCGCAUUCACUCACCAAUCGAAGCCUUUUUAUCUUGAUGUGAAAAUUGAGGCCAGACUACAGCGGUGGCAUGACAGAUUGAAGCAAAAGCUUGUCAGCCCACCACGAAACCGGAAAACAUGUGCAAGGGCCGCGAUACAAACUUCUACGAGAAAUAGUAUUGAUGCCAACUUCGCCAAGUUGGCAAGGGAUCUCACCCUAUUCCUGGUGGGCUCCUCAUGUCCUGCUCCUCAAUGA